AUGUUCUCAACUGCCACUUCGAGUUCGAGGUAUGUCUUCGCUAAAUCUCCUCGUUUUAUACGAUUCUUUCGACCUACCUUCCUUCUCUCACACCCUUCCUUCCUCAGUCUGCGAUUUUGCUUUCAUUCUAAUUCCCCAAACCCGAAUAGCCUCGGAGACUCCGUAGCUUCGUUCAAUCGCUUGCUCUCCAUGAGUCCCCCGCCCUCCAUUGUCGAAAUUAAUAAGAUUUUAGGAUCACUUGCAAAGACCAAACACUGCACCACUGCUAUCUCACUUUAUGCCCAGGCGGAAUUGAAAGGAUUCAAACCAUCUUUAGUUACACUGAGCAUUUUGAUCAAUUGCUACUGUCUUGUGGGUGACAUCACUUCUGCUUUCUCUUCACUGGGGAAGAUCUUCAAGUGGGGAUAUCAACCGGAUACGGUAACAGUCAAUACGUUGAUGAAAGGACUCUGCAUGAAAGAUGUAGGGCAAGCCCUAGACUUUCACGAUGACUUGCUGGCAAAACGAUUUUGCUUAAGCCCAGUUACUUAUGGUACCUUAGUUAAUGGGCUUUGCAAAACUGGACAAACAAGAUGUGCUGUUAAGUUGCUCCAAAUGAUGGGGGGACGGAAAAUUAAAACUGUGCCCCAUAUGGUUAUAUACAACGCAAUCAUUGAUGGCCUUUGUAAAGAAGGGCUAGUAAGUGAGGCAUCUAAGUUGUGUUCUGAAAUGAUCAGGCGAGGAAUAUCUCCGGAUAUUGUUACCUACAACACUUUAAUCUGUGGUUUCUCUAACACCAACCAAUUGCAAGAAGCCAUUAGGUUGCUAAAUGAAAUAGUCAUGAAAGAUAUCACUCCUAAUCAUCAUACCUUUAAUAUAUUUAUUGAUGCAUUUGCAAAAGAGGGAGGACCAUAG